CCCCACUCCUCAUUUGAGCUGUCCUCUGUUCUGGUUUCUCUCCCGUCACCAUUGCUUGGUUCCAGUCUCAAUACUGUGAUUGAACAACACAGCUUCCUGAUAAGAUGCGGUCUUUCACGUUAGGAGUAGCCACUCUAGCGGGCCUGAUGAAUGCUCAGGUGCUGCCGACAAUAACAAUCUCGCCCUUCCUCACAUCUACGACAUCUAGCUCUACGACUACCGGGACACUGGCAUUUGCCUCGGCCACCGGAACCGCUUCUGCUGCUGCUGCGCAGACACAUACUAUUGCCGUCGGAGCUUCCGGGUUCGCGUUUUCACCCGCAAAGACGGAAGCCAAUGUCGGCGAUACCAUCGAAUGGAUAUUUUAUCCCGAUGCUCACUCGGUUAUUCGCGCCGAGUUUGGAUUCCCUUGCACGCCAUACGAGUAUAUUGACAUUGGCCGCGAGGGCUUUUACAGCGGAAACCAGUCGGUCAAGGCCAUCACGAAUGAUAUGCCACGGUACAGGGUUCGCGUCAAUGACACGCUUCCCAUCUUCUACUACUGUGGUGCUCCCGGUUCAUGCUACAAAGAGAAGAUGGUCGGUGUGAUCAACGAGAACUCAACCCAGACACUCGACAAACAGCUCGAAGCAGCCCUCCCACUGACCACUCAGAUUCUUCCUGGCGAACCCUUCCCAACUGAAUCAGAUGCACCAAAGGCAACCAGCGGCGGCUCCAAUAACGGUGCCGUUAUCAACAACUACCAUCACAGUGUCAGCGGCGGCCAAAUCGCCGGUAUCGUGAUCGGGUCUCUGGCUUUCCUCCUCGUGGGAGGCUUACUGGUAUACCUGUGCGGCCGACGAGGCGGCAUCAAUCGCGCCUAUAAGAGAACCUCUACCGCGUACCAGGCACCUCCCAAUGCUCCAUCCCAGCCCGCCGUCACGGAGCUCAAUUACUCGAUGCAGCCCAAGAGUCCAUCAACUCAAGGAUGGAGAAACAGUCACUAUAGCAACUUCAGCGGUCCCUACCGUGACCACGCCACUCCCACAGCUCAAUUCUCUCCUCAACUGAGCCCCCAGCCUACCGGAUUCACACAUCCUGUCAACGGCAUGCAGACCUACUACGACCACCGGAUCUCAUCUAUAGCUCCCAGUGUUGUCGUCGAAGCCCCGGACAACCAGGCGACAACUCCUGCUGCGGCCCCUGCUGCACCCGCCGCUGCGCCAGUCGAGCUGCCAACGGCGAGGGACUCGGGUAAUUCUCCACCACCCAGAUACAUGCCACGUUUCUCAUUCGCAGGGCAGGAAAGUGAAUACCGACCAUCGACAAAGGAGUGAUCUUUGUAAGAGAAGGAGGGCCGGGAAGUUUCUAGGAAGUAAUGACAAAGCAUGGGUGAUUGAGCGAUAAGCUCGGUCAACAAGGCGUUGGUGGUAUGAUGACUUGCUUUAUGUCUUGUAUUGGUUGGAAGAGUGAGCUCUGGCCCUGGAUUAAUCAGCCAGCUCUCCAUUGUUGUACUUGGUAAUCCGAAUAGCGGCUGUCGAGCAUGAACGAUAUCUUUACCAUAAUUUUACGUUUGAUUUUCUCAGUCCGUAUUUGCUGCGAUUGAAGUGAUGAAGUCGACAUCGACAGGUCUGGAAUUGCAGCCCAGCAACAUAGAAUGAAGCCGAGGUUGUCAAG